AAAGAGGCAAGGUGCGCGCAGGCUGCACGCGCGCGCACGCCGCCGUCACCACCUCCUUCGAGUCUCUGGCUCACUCCCCCACCCGCCGGCAGCCGCCCCGCCGCGAUGGAGGGGGAUUAAUUUUUAUAUCAUCACAAUAUCCUCUCUCACUUACACACACACUCCCAAUCAGUCCAGAAAAUGGCGAACCCGUGUCACAGUCAGCAAUGUUCGAUCGAAAGGCGCGGCUUCCGACAGGAGCUCGACUCUUGGAGACAUAAACUUGUUCACUGUGUAGGGUUUGAAAGCAUUUUGGAAGGUCUGUUUGGACGUAAACUUCUAAAAGAUAUCAGCCUGUUUGAAGAUUGUGAGCCUACAGGUGUUUCUGACUGGUCAUUUGAUGAAAACUGUCUCUUCUGUUGCAUGAGAAGAGAAAAAGUGAAGGAACAUUUAGUCUUUCUUGAUCAACCAAAGCUAAAAGUUGGAGAAAGGAAAUUCUCAAGACAGGAAGAGGCCAAAAUUAAUCAUUUUGAAAAACAAGCAGAGGAAUUUCUCAAUGCUGUCUUUCAAAGAAAAGACAGCCCACGGGUUGUGGAUCCCAGUAUUCCUUUAGUGGCUCGUGAGAUUAUGCAUCGAAUGAUCAGGCAAUUUGCUGCUGAAUAUACCUCAAAAACCAGCACUUCUCAGGACUCCCUAGUACUCGCCAGCACUAAGGACCAAAGUGCAUCUAAAACACCUGUGCUCGGUGCCAGUGCUCUAAAUCCUGUUUUAAGCAAGCUUCUUAUGGCUGACCAAGAUAGACCUUUGGAUCUAACUGUCAAAAAGUCUAAUCUUGAAUCAGACAGUCAAGAUGCAGUGCUUGAUCUGUCUACUAAGAAAAAUCCUUCUGCCUGCAAUGUUUCCACAGAUAAGACUCUGGGUUGUUCUACAUCUACUAUUCUAGCUAAAGGGCGUCCUGUGAGAGCUGGCCAACAGCAAUUGGAUGGCGAAUCGCAAAGUCUUGAAGGGGCACUUCCAAAGUCACUAAGAAGCAUACAGAAUGUGACGCAGGGUGAUUAUGGAUCUUCUGUUAUUCUGAAAAUCCCAGCAACUCGAUCAUCUCAGAAGAAUGAGGAACCACUAAGCAGGAGUGAGCCAUCUUCUAUACCCAAUCUUGGACCAAUAUCUCAGCACCGUGGACAGCACUUAGUACUAGCCAGGGAGGCCCCCUGGGCCAAACCACAUUAUGAAUUUAAUUUGCAACAUGUAAAAUUCAGGGGAAAUGAUACAUCUUCAGAUACCAAGGAACUUGCUUUACAUCAGGUUACAUUCCAGAGAGGAUCAGUUCAGACAAAACAUGGGAAGAAAGACCAAGGCUAUUCCACUUCAGUGGAUUUGAAGAUUCCACAGGUUCGGGGAAUGGAUCUUUCUUGUGAAACCAGUGUCACAAAUCAUUAUAACUGUAGCCCGUUGCUCAUGAAUUCACAGAUUGAAAGUGCACUGCACAGAAAACUCAGAGUGAUCCUUCCAAAGCAGAAUUUGUGGCACAGGAAAGGGGUCAUGAGCUUGGCUGAUAAAGGUCAUGAUUCUUGGGGCUCCGAUGCAGAGCAGCCAACCUCCAGUAAACAGCCGGCCACAUCUGACCAAGAGGGUGACUUGAAGCAACCCAGAAAGAAGCGAGGACGCUACCGACAGUACAACAGUGAAAUCCUUGAAGAAGCUAUCACUGUGGUGAUGAAUGGCAAGAUGAGUGUCUCAAAAGCCCAGAGUACCUAUGGAAUCCCUCACAGUACCCUGGAGUACAAAGUGAAAGAGAGGCUGGGUACUUUGAAAAACCCGCCAAAGAAAAAGCUGAAACUCCUCCCUCCAGAACCCCAGGAAUUAGAAGAUGAGCUGGAACACAGUUCUAGUAAUUCAAAGGUUGAGUAGGGCUUGUGUUGGUGCUAGUACUUUUUGAUAUCUGGGUGAGCAGUAGCAUAGCAAACAAACGGUUUGAAAUGACACCAUGGCGGCACAGGGUGGAGGUAGGUUGGGAAUAAAGGGAAAUCUUUGUUACUGAAAAUUCUAAUUAAUAUUUGUUUACAACAAGCCAACAUAACAGCAGUACCAAAACAAACCAAAGUACUGAGCAUUUUGAAGAUACAAAAAUAUCACCAGAAAAUGCUGGUAAUACAAAGUUCUAAUACAAAGUCAGCAUCUUGAAACAUAAACUCCGAUUCUCUCCACAUGUGACACCUUAUCUGCAAAGUGUUUCAAGCAUUUUCUGUACCCCUUACAAAGUAGUACUGUUCUGGUCCAGCCAUAAAGGCUGGAAGAAAUCUCUUUGUAAAUGCUCUUUGAAUCUUUGUUUUUGUUUUCAAUGAAGUCUGUACUGAACAAGUGUCCGUUUCUGAAGCACUAUAAAUUAGCAGUACCAAAGUGAAUAGCACUCAUGAAAGGAUCAGCAAUCGACAUUUUACACAGUUUUCUGUAAAAGAGAAUUGAGAAAUUGAAUAUCAGUGACUUAUACUUCAGACCAGGCAUUGUUCAUGCCAUUCAUAUUUAAUACUCUCCACUACUUUAAGAAAUACAUUCAGAAUGAAAUUGCUAGGUAAUAUACUCACACGGGGACUGUAUUAAUUUUUCUUUUUAAAAAAAAAUUAAAAUAAAUCGCCCAAGCUAUUGCCCCUUUUAAUUUUACUUUCGUAUUUAGUCAAUUAAACAAAUAGAAUUGUUUUAAAAAAUUAAAUAUGGGGAAUUUGCUUUCCACUAGACAUUAAAAAAAACUAAAGUCUUUAAUAUCUGUAUUUAAAUUGUGCAAUAAACGCAAAAGUAUGGUCCAGUUUUGUUGGAUGGACUUGAAUUGGCUGCGGGAUUUUAUAAACUGGAGUCCGGAGGAAAAAUUGUCUUAUACUCGCGCUGGCAUUGCAAGGCUUCUAUAAUACUUUAGUUCGCCCAACCCAAGAAUGUUUUUUUCUCAAUCCUUUAGAAGGGGAUAUCUGUAAUCUGUUUCCUUGCUUAUCUUUUGAGCUGAGUGUUUGCUGGUGCGAAACCUAAUUAGAGGCGGCAAGGGAGCAGAAAAUGUAUCCGUGAAUAAUGUAUGAUGGUGUUAUUUUGGUACAUUUUCAGCACUGCAAUUGUUGCAUAUGAUUUCUGAUAAUUACUGACAUUUUUCGGUAACUUGUAUGUCAAUGUCUAUCUUUAAUCUUCUCCGAUGUAAUUAAAAUUAAACAGGCGCAUGCUGAGGCCUUCUAACGCUAAAACUGCAGAUUGACAAUUGUAGUAACCAA